AAUAUUGUGAUAAUUAAUUUCACGUCCCUUUGACCCUUACAAACCUAAAGAAUAAAGUAAAGAAUACAUCUAAUCAUGAAAACACAAGACAAAGCAGAUCUAAAUAAGACCUCAAGAAGAAAGGAAUCAUGCAUAUAACUCUGCUUCUUGACUUUAUUGCCCCACUUUUUCUAUAUACUUUGAAUUGUCUCCUCCCUUUUCACCCCUCUCCCCCCUCAAAAAAUCUCAAGAUACCAAUUAGCACCCUCCUAUACUAAUCUAUAAUGGCUUCUUCUAAGAUCAUCUUCAUAUUUCUCCUCUUUCUAGCACACCUUCAUCAACAUACAUUUGUGAAAGGAGAUUCCAGUUUGAUAAAGAGAACUUGCAAGAACACCAAGUACUACAAUCUAUGCUUCUCUUCCCUCAAAUCUGAUCCUAGCAGUCCAAACGCAGAUCCUAAGGGCCUAGCUGUGAUCAUGAUUGGGAUUGGAAUGACCAAUGCCACUUCCACUUCUUCCUACUUGUCUUCAAAGUUGCUUAGCCCCUCCAACAACACAACCUUGAAAAGGGUCCUAAAGGAGUGUGCAGAUAAGUACUCAUAUGCUGGUGAUGCCCUCCAAGAUUCGGUUCAGGAUUUGGCUAAUGAGGCUUAUGACUAUGCUUACAUGCACAUCACUGCCGCCAAAGAUUACCCAAAUGCUUGCCACAACGCUUUCAAACGGUACCCCGGUUUGGCUUAUCCUCGUGAUCUUGCUAGUAGAGAAGAUGGUUUGAAGCAUAUAUGUGAUGUGGCAAUGGGGAUUAUAGAUAAUCUUGAUUGGUAGGUGCAUGCAUUUGAGUAUAUAGCUUCCAGUUUGUUGUGCAAACCAUGUUAUAUCUCUGGUGUUAUGUUUGGUUACUAUGUAUUGUUAAGUUCUUGGUAUAAUAUAUUAAUGGGAACAAAAUUUUAGUAUUUGUUUAGAAAAAUGAAAUAUUCACACUUUUUUUUUA